CAGACACGGACGAACGUCACGACUCAGGAACGCCCAAAGCCCUCGCUGGCAAAGACGGGGAGGAGAAAGAGAAGGCGAGGGGGGAGAGCAGCUUCAGGUUCAGAUCGAUCGAUCGAUCGAUCGGUCGAGCGAGUGAUCCAUUCCAACCGAGGUACGCGAGUAUCCGCGCAUCCCUUUCCCACCUUCGAUUUGAGAUCCAUGGCGAUGGAUGGUGCCGGGGCUCUGCGACACCUCGAGUCCUCAAAACCCUCUCGCAUCGGUGUGCUCUCCUCUCCUGUCUGCAGUGCCAGCGGCGGCCUCGCGGGCCGUCGAGCGGAUCUGGAGGGGCCGCGCGGCGCGGCGCGGCUGAUCUCAUCCCACCUGCCUCCGUCUCGGCCUGGCUCGGCUCGAAUUGAGGCAGUGACAAAUCUGUGAAGCACCUGGGCUGUUUCUUCGUUAUUUUCGUGGAUUCACCUCGAAACUUCAGAACUAAUCUUCCUGAAAGUUUCCAUGACAAUGAAAACGCAUGAGAGAGCUGCUAAUUUUGCUCUUGCAGGUUUGAGCUUGGCUCCACUUGUGGUUAAAGUGAACCCCAAUGUGAAUGUGAUAUUAACAGCAUGCCUUGCUGUGUAUGUGGGUUGUUACCGUUCUGUUAAAUCAACUCCACCUUCUGAGACGAUGUCCAAAGAACAUGCUAUGCGGUUUCCUUUGGUGGGAAGUGCUAUGCUUUUGUCCCUCUUUCUUCUAUUCAAAUUUCUCUCAAAAGAUUUGGUCAAUACUGUUCUCACUGCCUACUUUUUCAUUCUUGGCAUUGCUGCUCUCUGUGCAACAUUGUUGCCUUCAAUAAAAAGAUUUCUUCCAAAAGAAUGGAACGAUAAUGCUAUCGUUUGGCACGCUCCACUUUUCCACUCACUUUCGGUGGAGUUUACCAGAUCUCAAGUUGUUGCAUCGAUCCCAGGAUUUUUAUUUUGCAUAUGGUAUGCUGCAAAGAAGCAUUGGCUCGCGAACAAUGUUUUGGGGAUUGCUUUCUGCAUUCAGGGGAUCGAGAUGCUAUCACUUGGAUCAUUUAAAACUGGUGCUAUUCUCUUGGCUGGACUCUUUGUCUAUGAUAUUUUCUGGGUCUUCUUCACUCCAGUUAUGGUCAGUGUUGCUAAGUCAUUUGAUGCUCCAAUAAAGCUUCUAUUUCCAACAGGUGAUGCUGCACGCCCAUUCUCUAUGCUUGGCCUUGGUGACAUUGUAAUUCCUGGUAUAUUUGUUGCACUUGCACUGCGCUUUGAUGUCUCAAGAGGAAUUAAGAACCGUUACUUUAACAGUGCAUUUUUGGGUUAUACCGUGGGUCUGACCGUAACAAUAAUAGUGAUGAACUGGUUUCAAGCUGCACAGCCUGCUCUGUUGUACAUUGUUCCGGGUGUGAUUGGUUUUGUUGCUGUUCACUGUUUGUGGAAUGGUGAAGUAAAGCCACUCCUUGAGUACAACGAGUCCAAAGCGGAAGGGGAUGAAGCUGGUGAAGAAGAUAAUGAUAGCAAGCAAGACAAAAAGGAAGAGUAGGACUCUAAAAAUCAUAUCUUGAGGACUAGGAACUACAUUAAUGUAAGGUCGUCGGCAUCUAAGUAGGCUGGAUGACCAUUCGGAUACGAGUUCACUUGAGAAUUUAGAAAUGGUUCACAUAUAACCCCCCCCCCCCCCCCCCCCCCCCCUUUUUUUUUGAGAUUGUUUGGUCUGGCUGAGUAGAGGAGGGAAUACAUGCUAGAAACUUUAGGUUUGGCAAUACGAGUGACUUCACUUUAGGUACCUCUUUGUUUAUGUAUCGACUUAUUUAUUCGGGCGGUUUCAGUAUUUACCUGAAUUUUGGUAUUUGCAUAUAGCGUUCCGUGAUUUAUUUAUUGGUAUCCUGCAUUGUUUGAUUAA